CUGACCGCGGCUUCUGAUCACGCGAGCUCGUAGCCUCCCACUACUCUCCCUCUUCCUUACUCUGUUCCCGCACACGGACAUUCUUCUUCUUCUUCUCUAGCCGCUACCGCCAUGGCCGGGGUUGUCCAGGCUUCCCCUUGGGACCAUUACUCCAAGGUCGAAAUGCCGGGUCUCAGGUCAUGUCUUGCUGAGUUCGGCCCCUCCCAGCCUUUCAGAGGUGCUAGAAUCGUCGGUCACCCCCUCAUGACCUCUGAAACCAUCCCCUUCGAGAAAAUUCUAACUGAUCUCGGAGCCGAAGUUCGCUGCUUGGCCCUUAACACCUGCUUCAUCAUGGAUCGCAUUGCGGCCACUUGGGAGCCUUGGCUGGAUAUCGACAAAUUUCGAGCCAAUCUCGAGGAUCGCAUGAAGGCCCGUUGGGAGACGAAUUAUUGGCAGGAUAUCAAGUGUGCGCUUGACUGGGGUCCCAGCGGUGGUCCCAAUCUGAUUGUUGGUGCCGGUGGCGACGCUACCUUCUUGAUCAAUGAGGGCGUGAAAGCUGAAGAGAUUUAUGCCAAGACUGGUCAGUUUCCAGACCCGUCUUCCACUGAUGAUCCUGACCUCCAUGCUGUCCGCACUGUGAUCAGGAAUGGGAUGGAGAUUGAUCCCAUGUGGUACCACAAGAUGAAGGACGGACUCGUUGGUGUCUCUGAAGAGACCGCAAUGGGUGGUAAGAGACUUUACCAGAUGCAAGCUGAUGGAAGUCUGUUGUUCCCUGCCAUCAAUGUCAACGACUCUGUCACCAAGAGCAAGUUCAUUAACUUGUACGGUUGCCGCUCUGCUCUUCUUGAUGGGAUAAAGAGAGGUACCAAUAUGACUAUUCCUGGGAAAAAAGCUGUUGUGUUUGGAUACGAAGAUGCCAGCAAGGGAUGUGCUAUUGCACUGAAGCAGGCUGGAGCAGACGUGGUUGUGUAUACGGUUGAUUCCAACCAUACUGUUCAAGCUGGCCUAGGAGGUUUCAAAGUUAUUAAGGCCCUUGACGAUGUUGUUCCUGAGGCAGACAUAUUUGUUACUCCUAGUAUCAACAAGGGCAAUAUCUUGAUUGCUAAUUACAUGAAGAAGAUGAAGAACAACGCCAUUAUUUAUAGCAUGGAUCCAAUAGUGGACCUUAAUAGCAACAGUAUGUAUGCUGGACUGGAGCAAUACCUGUCCGGCAUGAAGCGGAUCAUUGUCAAUCCUCAAACCGACAAAUGGGUCUUUCCUGACACUAAUUCAAGCAUCCUCAUGUUGAGCAACACGGGAUACCCUGAUUUGAUGUCGUCUUGGUCUUGUACAAGCCGUGUGGUUGCUGCGCUUGAGUUGUGGAGCAAUAGGGGGACUGGCAAGUACGAGAAUAAGGUUUAUGAUUUUCCUGAGCCUCUUGAAGAGAAGGUGUCUGCUCUUCACUUUGCCAAGCAUACGACCGAUAGCGUGAUGACCAAGACCACUGAAAAGAUCGAAGGACGGGCUGAUCAUGUCUCUCUGCGGAUGGAAGGACCGAGGAACAUCUUGGCUACAAAUACUGAGCCAACGGGAAGUGAUAAGGUCAAGAGGAUGCUACUCAUGGCUGCUCGAGCUUGUUUGUUUUUUGGCACGAUCGGUUUUGGCGUCAUGACGGUUCCCAAAGUUAACGUAAGUCUCCCAUUUCCCAAAAUUUGCAUAGAUCUCGCUGCAAUUUGGGGUAAUUAAAAGGUGAGAAAGAAGGUACUUUAAACUUCUAUUAUACAUGCAUGCUUUUUUCGGGUGAUGCGCAUUUUUCCAGAUAAAGGGUUAGAGAGUGUUUGGUGACUUUGAUAUCUCAUUGGAUUUGGAGCAGGAGGAGAAAAGGUAAAUAAAGGUCUCUAUUAUCGGUUGAAAAUGUUCAAAAUGCUCUAGACCCUUUUUCUUUUUAAAUAUAAAUCUCAGUUGCAUGAAACUAUUUCUAUCGGGGAAGCCUCGCUUAUUCAAAGGGCUGAUUAUUUAUAAUUCUUGUUUUGUGAGUUAAGCAGCGGGAUGAUGAUUUGUAUGCAUGUGAAAGUGAAUCAAUGAAGAUCGAAGCAAAGAAAUGAACUGCAAGAUAAAUUUUAUAUGG